UCGUUCAAAGCUAGAGAUUGUCGUUUAACCAUAUUCUCAGAAACUCAAAGUACUAUCAUCGAAUCAAAAUCAAUUCCUAAAAGAAAAAGAAAAAAAGAAAAAAAAAACCCUAAAAAAUGGGAGAAUCAAACUCAUCCACCAUCAUCGAAGACGAUUUACUUCUCAAAAAUUUCUUCGCUGAAGUCAGCGAAGUUGAAAGAGACAAUGAAGUCCUCAGGAUUCUGGGUUGUUUUAAGUUGAAUCCGUUUGAGCAUUUAAACCUAUCAUUUGAUUCAUCUAUUGAUGAAGUGAAAAAGCAGUACAGAAAGAUAUCAUUGAUGGUUCAUCCUGACAAAUGUAAACAUCCACAGGCAAAGGAGGCUUUUGGAGCACUAGCAAAAGCACAACAAUUAUUACUCGAUCCAAAUGAAAGAGAUUAUCUUCUUAGCCAAGUUAAUUCAGCAAAAGAAGAACUUAGAGUAAAGAGAAAGAAACAUCUGAAGAAAGAUACAGCCUCAAAAAUGAAGUCCUUAGUUGACGAGGGAAAAUAUGAUAAGCAAUAUGAACAGUCAGAAGAAUUCAAGCAGGAGCUCAAACUUAAAGUUCGUGAACUAUUAACGGAAAAAGAAUGGAGGAGAAGAAAAAUGCAAAUGAGGAUAUCCGAGGAGGAAGGCAGAUUAAAAAAGGAUGAGGAGGAACAGAAAGAAAUAUGGAAAAGAAAGCGUGAGCAUGAAGAGGAAUGGGAAGGAACAAGAGAAAAGAGGGUAUCCAGCUGGAGAGAUUUUAUGAAGGGUGGAAAGAAGAACAAAAAGGGAGAAAUUCGCCCCCCUAAGCUCAAGACAGAAGAUCCUAACAAAUCCUACGUUCAGAGGCCUGUAAAAAGAGGCUAGGGUGUUUGGUCACAGGCGAUCUAUUCAACAGGAGUCAAAGAAAACUUAGCCAUGCGCCCUUUGUGUCAGUUUGAUAUUGUAAUGAUGUUUAUCUCUAGGGUCAUGAGAGGCAUCUCAAUGGAAUGUAGACCUCCAAAUGAAUUCUGAUUAUUAUUUUGCCCUAGCACUGAUUGAUACAUAGGAGGAAUUAUCAAAGUUGUAUUGCCUUUACAAAGGGUUUUUUAGAAAUUGUGUAAACUAUUUAUAUACCAGUCAUCUGCAGUGAGCCAGAUUUUAGGUUAGACACUUUGAUGUAAGAAGAAAAAAAAAUCAUUCUGAUUUAGUUACCGUUCAAUGUAAAAUACCCAGGUAACCUAUAUCGAUGAUUUUAAAACACCAUUGCAGUUAUUUAACUUUUCUAUUUUUA